UCCUGGUAUCCCAGUGAAUGGUCGUCGCCAUGGCAGCAGCUUUUCCAUUGGCUCUCGUGUGUCAUUUACAUGUGACCCGGGAUACACACUUAGCGAUCAGGAGCCAAUUGUUUGCGAGCAGAAUCAUCAGUGGAGUCAUGCUCUUCCCAGUUGUGAUGCUCUUUGUGGAGGUUAUGUUUAUGGUAAAAUGGGAACAAUUCUGUCUCCUGGCUUUCCUGACUUCUACCCCAAUUCUCUAAACUGCACCUGGACCAUAGAAGUGUCCCAUGGAAAAGGAGUCCAUUUGGUUUUCCACACUUUCCAUCUGGAAGAGAACCAUGACUACUUGUCAAUCACAGAGGAUGGCAAUUUUCAGGUUCCGGUAGCUCGACUCACUGGCUCCGUGCUGCCUCCUAGUGUUAAAGCUGGACUCUAUGGGAACUUCAGCGCUCAGCUACAGUUUAUUUCAGAUUUUUCCAUGAGUUACGAAGGAUUUAAUAUCACUUUCUCAGAGUAUGACUUGGAGCCAUGUGAGGGUCCUGGUGUACCAGCAUCCAGCAGGAGAAUGGGACUCAGCUUUCAAGUUGGUGAUUCAUUGAACUUUUCUUGCUUCCCUGGCUACCGACUUGAGGGAGAGAGCAAGAUCACUUGUCUGGGAGGAGGCAGGCGAGUCUGGAGCAACACGCUACCACGAUGUAUAGCUGAGUGUGGGGCCUCCUCACUGGGACCAGAAGGUGUUCUCCUUUCUCCAAAUUUCCCCUCCAACUACAAUAACAACCAUGAGUGCAUCUACCGCAUUACUACUGAAAAGGGCAAAGGAAUCAGGCUGAAAACUGAGAGCUUCUCAUUGCAGGAUGGAGAUUAUCUCAAGAGUCACACUUCUGAUGCCUGCGUUCAGACCCGCAGGGAGUCUGACAAGCGGAGCUCCAGGCUGGACCGCCGGCGGGCUCGAUCGGCUGACCUGGAGAAGAUAAGACGCUCGCAGCUGAUGGUGGUGGACGACCACUGGAUGACAGAGUACAUGCGCUGUUUCUCCGCCCGGCUUAGACAUGGCUGGUAAGGACAUGAGGAGGAAACAGUAGGAGCUGUGUGAGGUUACUAAAGGCAGUGGAUCCCUCAGCAGCUGGAUUACAAAGAGCACAGUCUCAGAUCAACACAGCGCUGCCCUCCAGCACUAUCAGCAGCAGGAGCAGCAGCAACCCCUCAACAGCAACAUUGUACCCAUCAGGAGGAGUAAUGACUCAUGUGAGCAGACAGAUGGACGACGGACGGUUCCCCGUGGCAGGAGCUCAUCGGUCCUGCAGCCGGAUGAGCUGAAAUGUGACUUAAUGCUUGAAGUGGGGACUCGUCUCUCUCUCUGAUUCCACUCCUCGUGUCUUGUUACCGCUCACCAGAGAUACAAGCAGAGGAGUAGGCAAGCAGAGACACAGGGAGGGAGACGUUGAGGCAGCAAACAUUUAAGAAAAUGUUUUCCUGAUUUUUGAGCCUCAUUUUGAAGUUGCAUGAAUAGUUUGUUAUAGUCAAAUUACAGCUCAGCUUGAUACCAGUGUCAAUUUAUUUAAUAUAUA